AUGCAACAUGGGACUCGAGAAAGCAGAAGGAAGCUGCAACUACAAGAACUGGAGUGCCACCUAAAAGCAUAUGAGAACUCCAGGCUAUACAAAGAAAAGGUGAGGUCUGUGCAUGACAAGAAUAUCAAGCGACGAGAGUUCAGACCUGGGGAGUUAGUCCUCCUUAACAACUCCAGGUUGAGACUCAUGCCAGGCAAGCUGAGAUCGCGAUGGGAAGGCCCCUACAGAGUGGAAAAGGCUGAACCAUAUGGCAUUUUCCACCUGCGGCACCCUUCAAGCCCUAAUAUCCUCAAGUUCAAUGGCCACCGCUUGAAGCUUUACCAUGGUGAGAAGAUGAAGGACAACAAGGAGCUAGAGAUCCUCCUCUUGAAGGAUCCACCUACAAAAAUGCAGGUCGCAACCCACCUCAGUGAGUUGCUUGAUGGUGACUGA